UAGUCCGGGUGAGAGUGCCUGAGUAUAGACCUGCAAAAGAUCAAAAUUAAUAGUUUAGGUUCAUCUCUGUGCAAGAAGAAGAAAUACUUUGAUUUGUGUUUUGUUCCUGUCAUUUGGGCGAUUUAAACACCUGCGGCUGUAAACGCAAGAGCUGCUGUUUGUCGUCCUUCAACAACAAGCAGAAGAUCUGCUGCGUUUCGUCAGGUGAGUUCCUGACCUCUGACCUCUGCAGGUGACCUGGGACGUAGCUGGAUGGCCUAUGUGAGUCAGUUGCUGAGCCACAGAACCAGGCUAGUCAGUUACCUACCUGGAAUCCAUGUGUUGGUCCGGUGUGUAACCAGAAACAUCAGUGCAGCUGCAGCUGCAUGUUCUGAUCCACCCAUCAUGGCUGCCAGUCCUCUUCGUCAGGGAUCCAGUCUCUUCUCAGGAAGUAGACUCAGCCCAACAUUUCUUCAGCACCUCAGGAGUGGAAUGUGCCAUUCAGUCCUGCCCCGAAACAUUAAAGAAAGAUUUCUGUUCCAUGUUUCCGGAAGCACCAUCCUCUGAUAUGGUGAUUGUCACAGUGACCCAAAAGACCAAAAAUGAUAUGACAUCAUGGAGUGCUGAUGUGGAUCAGGAAAGAGAUCAGAUGCUUGACAAGUUUGUUCAUGGAGCCAAGGAGAUCUGUUUGACUCUGCAGCAGGAAGGAUUCUGGGCAGAUUUCAUCGAUCCAGCUUCUGGCCUGGCAUUUUUUGGUGCGUACACCAGCAACACGCUGUUUGAGACUGAUGACAGGUACCGUCACUUGGGCUUCCAGAUCGAGGACCUGGGCUGCUGCAGAGUGAUCCGACACUCUCUGUGGGGAACUCAGAUUUUUGUGGGGACAAUAUGUACCAACGCCCCACCAACCACCCUGACCAUAAAAAAUCUGCAACACAACUGAACAUCCAGACCGGCUGUUGUGUAACAAAGCUAGAUUAGUGUUUGGAGUGUCAUAGAUUAGCAGUCUGAACCACACCAAACAGAUUAAACACUACACUUACAUGGCAGACAUCAAGGUUUCCACAUUAAAUCUGUAUCACAGUUUAAAUCUUUGGUGUUUUAUACCUUCAUUAUUUGUAAUUAAAGAAGGAAUGCUUUAACGCCACAGUACAUAAAUUAAUUGAAUGCAUUUUUCAUCAAAUAUCAUAAAAGCAAAACAACAACUUUCAUCAACAAUAAGUUGAUUAAAUUACACAGAACUGUUUAUUUGUUUUUAAUAAAUUUAAAACAA